AUGGCUCAUGGCUCAGUUGAAGCUGGAAUGAUCUCAGCAGAGUUGGCACAAGGCUCAACAGCAACUGGACUCUCUGGCUCUCUGGCUCUCUGGCUCUCUGGCUCUCUGGCUCUCUUUUACGCAUCGACGACUUUUGAUGACCACUAUCCGGAAAACAGGAGUUUUGACAAUUGGGAGACUGAUAGCCAGUCUUCGGACUAG